AUGACCAUGGAGGAUGUGGUUACAGUCUUAGAUCACAAGGGAAAAAACUCGGUGUUCAAACCGGAUGUUCUGGAAACCUUUUUGAUAUCUUUAUCUGAGGGUUUGGCCACAGAAUUUAUCAACAUCAAGGAAAUUGUGGAAAAGGUUUAUCUUGGACUGCCAAACCGAAUAACUACAGAUGAGCUUGUUAAUUUAGUUGCAGAAACUCUUGCUUCCUUGACUACCAAGCAUUAUCAUUACUCAACUCUUGCAUCGAGGGUUUUGUCUACACAUAUGCAGAAAAGACUUCCCGCAAAAUUCUCAGAGAAUUUUAAGCAGUUAUAUGAAUAUAAACCUAUCAAUCAACAAGGCAAGGAUUCCAUCAUAUCGGAAAAAAUACUCAAUAUUGUGCUGGAAAAUAAAGAUAUAAUAGAUGGUGCUAUCGUUAAAGAACGAGACUACGACAUCGAUUAUUUUGGGUUUCGGACUUUGGAAAACUCAUACUUUCUUAGGAUUGAUAACACUGUCUCCGAAACUCCGCAAUUUUUGUUUAUGAGAGUGGCUUUAGGUAUCCACGGCACUGACAUAGAUAGUGCUAUAGAAACAUAUGAGCUUAUUUCCAAGAAAUAUUUUAUUCAUGCCUCUCCAACUCUUUUCAAUGCAAGUUUAAGAACCCCAUUUUUAUCUUCAUGUUUCCUGUUGGCUAUGAAAGACGACUCUAUCGAUGGCAUAUAUAAAACGCUAUAUGAUACAGCUAUGAUCUCGAGAUCAGCUGGUGGUAUUGGAUUGCAUGUCUCUAAUAUAAGAGCCAGUGGUACUUACAUCAACGGUAGUAAUGGGAUUUCAUCCGGUUUAAUCCCUAUGUUAAAAGUAUUCAAUUCAACUGCACAAUAUGUUGACCAGGGUGGAAACAAAAGACCAGGUGCAUUUUGCAUAUAUUUAGAGCCAUGGCAUGGUGAUGUUUUUGACUUUCUCAAUAUCAGGAAGAAUCAUGGGAAGGAAGAAAUGAGAGCUAGAGAUUUAUUUAUUGCUCUAUGGAUUCCAGAUAUGUUCAUGGAGAAAGUGGAAAGAGAUGAAGAUUGGUGUUUAUUUUCUCAGGAUUCGAGUCCAGGUCUAACCGAGUGUUAUGGUGAUGAGUUUAAUAAAUUGUAUGUAAAAUAUGAAAACGAUGAGAGAUUUCUGAGGAAAGUUAAGGCGAGAGAGUUAUGGAGUGCGAUCUUAAUAGCACAAACAGAAACGGGUAACCCUUUCCUUCUUUACAAAGAUCGGUGCAAUUCCUUAUCAAAUCAAAAAAACCUGGGUGUAAUCAAAAGCUCCAAUUUAUGUUGUGAAAUAGUUGAAUAUUCGUCUCCCGAAGAAACUGCAGUUUGCAAUCUUGCCUCAAUUGCGUUGCCUAUGUUUGUUAAUGGAAACCAAUUUGACUUCAAAAAGCUGCACGAUAUGACUAAAAUUGUUAUUCGGAAUUUGGAUAGGGUUAUUGACGUAAACGCUUAUCCAUUGGAGAAUUGUAAGGUAUCGAAUAUUAAGAACAGGCCGGUCGGCUUAGGUGUUCAAGGAUUAGCUGAUACUUUUUUCAAACUAAGAAUUCCAUUUGGCUCUCCAGAAUCUAGGCAGUUGAACAUUCAAAUCUUCGAAACCAUCUACCAUGGUGCUUUAGAACAAUCCUGUAAACUAGCCCAAGAACAUGGAACUUAUGGAACAUAUGAUGGCUCUCCUAUGUCGCAGGGAAAACUACAAUAUGAUUUAUGGGGGGCUAAGCCUACCGAUUUAUGGGACUGGAAGACAUUGAAGAGAAAGAUUGCUAAACAUGGCGUUCGAAAUUCAUUACUUGUGGCUUUAAUGCCUACUGCGUCCACUUCGCAAAUUUUUGGCUUUACAGAGUGCUUUGAACCAAUAACAUCCAAUAUAUACCUUCGUCGGGUCUUAUCCGGAGAACAUCAGGUUGUUAAUCGAUACUUAGUCGACGACCUAGUGAAGUUGGGUUUGUGGAAUACUGAUUUGAAAAAUCAAAUUCUAUUAAAUCGUGGCUCCAUCCAAGCUAUUGAAGGAAUUCCAAAAGAAAUUAAAAGCCUUUACAAGACUGUUUGGGAAAUAUCACAGAAAGUUGUUAUUGACUUAGCAGCAGAUAGGGCCCCCUUUAUUGACCAAUCACAGAGUAUGAAUUUGUUUAUUCAGGAUGUCUCGUUUUCUAAAUUAACCAGCAUGCAUUUCUAUGCGUGGAAGAAAGGGUUGAAGACCGGAAUGUAUUAUUUAAGAACAAGAGCGGCAGCAAAUGCUAUACAAUUCAGCUUAGAUUUAUCAACUAUAAAAAAGCGGGAAAGGGAACUAGAAAGCGAUGAGGCUCAAAAGAAGCAAAGAGGAGAGAGCAAUGAUUUAAUUCACGAUAUUUAUAACACAGAUAUUGUCAGCUGCAAUUUGAAGGAUCCAGAGAAUUGUGAAUCUUGCUCCGCUUAA